AUGCCUCCACUACCACCAGAGCAGCUGGUGGCAGUGCUGCAGACUUCAAUCAAGCUCGACAUCCUGGAAGGUAACAUUGGCUACCUGAGGAUUGACCACAUUCUUGGCGAAGAGGUGGCUGAUAAAAUCGGCGCGUUACUCCUUGAGUUAGUCUGGAGUAAAAUACUGCCUACCUCAGCUCUGAUAUUUGAUUUGCGCUACACUGGCAGUGGAGACGUCUCUGGACUUCCUUACAUCGUGUCAUAUUUUACACAAGCUGAACCCGCAGUUCACAUCGACAACAUCUAUGACCGUAAGUCAAACACCACCACCAAGCUCAUGUCCCUGUCCACGCUGCUGGGGGAGAGAUACGGGACGAGCAAACCCCUCAUUAUCCUCACAAGCAAAAACACAAACGGCAUCGCAGAAGACGUUGCUUAUUGUCUCAAGAACCUGAAGAGAGCCACCAUAGUGGGCGAGAAGACGGCCGGGGGAUCAGUGAAGAUUGACAAGAUCAAAGUUGGAGACACAGACUUUUAUGUCACCGUGCCAACCGCUAAAUCCAUCAACCCCAUCACUGGCUCCACUUGGGAGGUUGUUGGUGUUAGUCCCGAUGUAGAAGUUAAUGCUGAGGAUGCCCUGGCUACGGCCAUUAAGAUUGUUCAACUUCGAGCCCAGGUCCCAGCUGUUAUUGAAGGUGCAGCAGCCCUAAUUGCAAGCAACUAUGCCUUUGAAGAUGUUGGAACGGCCGUGGCAGCUAAACUGAAGGGGCUACAGGCGACUGGGGCCUUUAACAUGGUUGUAUCUAAGACUGACUUGGAAACUAAAUUAACUGCUGUUUUGGAAUAUCUCUCUGGUGGCAAGAGUCUAAAAACAACCAGUAACACUCCAGCACUGCCACCAAUGAAUUAUUCACCUGAGAUGUACAUCGAUCUGAUUAAAGUGUCCUUCCAAACCAAUGUCUUUGAAAACAACAUUGGUUAUCUGCGAUUUGACAUGUUCCGUGACUUUGAAGAGGUGAAGGCCAUUGCCCAGAUUAUUGUUGAACACGUUUGGAACAACGUCGUCAACACUGACGCCAUGAUUGUGGAUCUCAGGAACAACAUUGGAGGCCCUACCACCGCCAUUGCAGGGUUUUGCUCUUAUUUCUUUGAUGGCGACAAGCAGAUUGUACUGGACAAACUGUACGAUCGGACCACCGGAGAAACCACAGAGCUGGUCACGCUGCCUGAACUCACCGGCACAAGAUAUGGCUCCAAAAAGAGUUUGAUUAUUUUGACCAGCGACCGCAGGGGCUGGAGAGGAAUGUGUGGUCACUGUAACCUGCAUCACCGAGCGGCCCGAGCCAAGGUGACCCGCCGCACCGGACACGGCGGCUGUGGCCUCCCAACGCUGACGCCACGCUCAAGUACCAGAGGUUUUAUGUCGUGGGGCAUCGCUGAAAACACUCUACCAUCUGCUGUUUGA